CACGGUGCUAGCUCUACCUGCGCGAACAAGCAAGUUUCUCCCCCACACUUGCGCAAGAAGAUAAGGAAGGGGCCAGCUCAGGCAGCGCCUAAGACACAGCCUCCAGCUCCCCCGACCGAGAAUCGAAUCCCAUCCGCACAUCUCCCGCCCCGCCCAGCCAUGGCCUCGGCCGCGUCGACGCAGCACGUGCUGCUGUCGCCCGCCGAGCUCGCGUACCUGCACUCGACCCUCUCGCUCUCGCCGCCGAUCCGGCCCGACGGCCGGACGCCCACGCAGUUCCGCCCGCUGACGGCCGAGACGGCCAUCCUGCCCGGCACCAACGGCAGCGCCCGCAUCUGCUUCGCCGACGGCACCGAGGCCGUGGUGGGCGUCAAGGCCGAGGUCGCCAAGACGAUGCGGCGCCAUGGCGGCGGCGGCGACGAGCAGCAGCAGCAGCAGCAGCUCGAGGGAGCGGAAGCGGACGCGGGCGCCGCUGCCGCCGGCAACGUCUACGGGGAGGCAGAGUGGGUCGAGAUGACGGUCGAGAUCCCCGGCCUCCGCGACGACGACGCAAACACCGUCUUCCUGGCCGAGCUGCUGAGCGAGGCGCUGCUGGCCGACGGGGAGUUUGCCAAGAAGCUGUGGAUAAACAGCAGGUUUCACUGGAAGCUGUAUCUGGAUGUAAUACUUAUAUCUCCGCCGCUAUCGUACCCCCUGCCCCUACUGUCACUCACGAUACACCUCGCCCUGCUGGCCACGCGGCUGCCCCGGCUAAAGUCGGAGGGGGACGAGGACCCGCUGUUCGACGACGACUGGGAGGCGUCGCCGUUUCUGUACUCGGAGGAGGGCAAGGGCGGCAGGCCGCCCGUGACGCUGCUGGUCACGGCCGUGGGCGACAACAUAAUCUUUGACCCUUCCAAGGAGGAGCUCGCCGUCGCCGACGUCGCCGUCGCCGUGUCGCUCGCCGAGGCCCCCGCCACGAGGCGAUCCGAGAAGAUGGCGGCCGGCUCCGUGCGGGAUCUGCGGCUGCUGUCGAUCCGCGUCAUCGACCCGCCGUCGAGGCUGACGCCGUCCGGCUCCUCGGACAUGGCCGCAGCAGCGGCAGACGGCAGCUCGACAGGCGCCAAAUCGGGGCUCGACAGCCGGCCCGAGGCUAGGGUCGCAGAUUCAGAGGCGGUGGAUGGUGUCUGGAAGGCACCAAGGGGAGGAACUAGGGUGGCAGUCCUGAGCGCCAUCAUACAAAAGGUGUUGGAGCGGGGAAGUGUCGCUGACGAGGUCAUGGAUGCUCUGGACGCCGUCGAGCUAGACUGAUGUUCAGUCCUUUCGUCCGGCAUGAUCUGAGGCGUUGCCAGUGACAAUAGGUAACUACCUAGGUGGGUGGCGGGGCUGCAUACAGCGUCCCCCGCACUCCCCCGUGCUACGUAGGUAGCUCACCAGGACAUGGGGGAAGCCGAGAGAAACAUGUCAUAUCAAGAUGCCUCUAGAAAAUACCCAAGAACUUCUUCCUCUUCACCUCCUCGGCAGGUGGGGCGCCCUCCGCGGCGGCAGCAGCCGCCUUCUCCCUCUCCUCCUCGGGGUC